GCGUGGGAGGGCGCCCGCCCGCUCCUUGUCUAAUGUCUUGCUCUCCGACAUCCCCGCUAUGCCUGACAGCAACAUAACACCCCCACCCACAUAUACCGAACCCAGUGACCAUGUCGCAGAAUUGAAACAUAGCUUCAUGUCUCUCUUCACUGAGGACCAGGAGAUACGGAGUCUCUUCGACGUCGUCACCACCCGACUAGAGACUACGCCCCAGAUUGGGCCGGAUCACCCGCUCGCUGAGGAAUGGACAACCUUGCGCAAGAUGUAUAGAGACGCAUACAGGGAUACACGGGCACAGGCAGAUCGAUGCGCGACCUUUCUAGAGCUCUUUCAAGAUAUCGUUCUUCCGCUUUCGCAAUCUGAGUCAAGUGUUCCCUUACACGACAGAGUCGAUAUGGUUCAGCAAUUUAUAGCGAUGAUCGACGAAUACAAACAGGCUACGCACAGAACCGGUUCGAACCGCCGAGCCUCAGGACUUCUUUGCAACACUUGGUCCAAAAUCACAGACUUCUGUUCAGCCAUUGGGAAGGCGAUCAGCAAACUACUCGACCAUUUUGUUACGUUGAUUCGACAGCUCUUCUCGGAGGUGAAGUCUGUGCACAUGUCGAUGGGGCCUCUGCGCAUGAGUGCGCACUUCGGCGAUGACUCGCGGAUCUCGGAAGAGAUUGAAAUGAAUCCACGAGGAGGCAUCGCCGCGGCACCAGAAAUCGACGAUACCGCUCGCAGAAUCGCAGAGAAAGUGAGCGCAUCUGAGUUCGCCUGGGAUGCUGUCAGGAUGUCCUGCGAUACGCUACGAAUCCAGCUUCGCCUGGCAGGAACGACGCCGUCUGUUGCUCCUGAUGCUGUCCUCCAGUCGCAGUUCGAGAUGGUUGGGCUGCUGUAUCGGCCUCUCGUCAAGAGCAUGCGAGCGUAUUCUGUGGGCAGGCCGCCCCAGGUUUGAUUGCGCGGAGCUUGUCGCCUUGAUGGCAGCCCGGAUCGCCAAGCACCCCGACUCGCCAUUGCGUGGAAGAUACCUCGUUGUUGUGGACAGCGACCGAGGACCCGCGUCGAUCGAUAGUUUGUGAGCAUCAUGUUUCUUGGUUGCAUACGUAUGCUUUGUAUGAAUGUGUAGGCAGUUGUACAUAAUCCUAUGCUUCAGUGACAUGCAUCAUCUUUCAGAUUGAAUCCGCCUUGUGUCAAUAUCAUCGAUGCUCACUAGCACUGUAUAUGAGUUU